GAAAUCAUCGGCAUGGCGCAGUGGCUUUCGGAUUCAUCCCAGGCGGUAUCUUUCUUGCUAGGCUCCAAAUCAGCCAGAGAUGAUGAGGCGAACAGCCAAGUUCUUUGCAGAUCAACGCAGCAUCUGCACCAUUUGCGGGCCUUCCUUGAGGCAGUGGAGCGCAAUGAGACUGGCUUUGAAAACAUGAUCGGCCGCAUCCGCGAGAACUGGCAGUGCAAGUUGGAUACCGUGAUUGAUGUUAAACAAGCAGACUUUGAGUCCCCAGGCUGUCCAGACUCUGAAGAUUUUUGUUUGCCCAUGAAUGGGAUGCAACGUUCAAGAGCUUGCUCCCUUUUCCGUCCUUCAUGUCAAACAUAUGAGACAAAACGGUGCAUGUUGAGCUUGUGAAGUGAUUUAGAAGAGGUUGCAAGAACCGAAGAGCUUAGAGACUAUAGAUACAAUGUGAGGCCCCC